CAUUUUAUCCUCAAGGUGUCCUCCCAGGAAAUGGCACCAAUGAAGUGGAUAAUUUGUAAAUCCCAAAGAGCGAAGGGUAUGUUUGUUUGUCAGAGCCUUGUGGGGUUAGAAAGUCCAGAGCUCCGUAGCUAAGGCGGAGCAUGGCAUGCGAAAUGCCAGGGUCAAAACUGAUGUAUAAUGCAUAUGUGAGAUGGAUGGAGUUUCACAGUGAUGAAUGGGAGGUGGGUUUUUAGAUGGGGGGACACGCACGACUUGUGACAUUGUAAAGGUCACACAUUGUCAGUUGAUACUUGUUAGCAAAUAACAUGCUGUCGGGUUGCUGAAGCUCCACAGGUCUGAAAUUAGCUGUCCUCUUUGAGGUCUAACCUCAGUGUGAUGCGGCCGGUGACGAAAAAUGUGCACUUGAACAUUGGGGAUCCCCAGGGAGGUGUUGUCAAGACAAUCUCUUGUUGCUAUGGAAACAUGAGUGCAACAGGAAGCUGCAAAGUGGCCAGCAACACCCCAUGGAAGAGCUUCAGUCGUACGCUGAGGGACAGCCCAUCUUCAAGGGUAACCAGCAGCCCUACAAUGGCAGCAUGUCAGAUAAAAGGAGCAGCAGCGGGUAUGACAUUGGAGAAUUGGCUACAUCUUCCCUGCUGGGACUGCUGGCCACUAUUAAAGACCACAUCACUAAGCCCACAGCGAUGGCCCAGGGCCGAGUUGCCCACCUGAUCGAGUGGAAGAGCUGGGGAGGGGAGACGACGUCUAGAGGGAGCUGGUGUGGCUGGACUAAAGAUGGCGGAGGAUGGGGAGGUGUGGGAGCCGCACUGCAGGAGGACGAGCAGCUCUACUCCCACCUCACUGAUGAAAUCAAAGAAGCACGAUUUGCCGCGGGUGUGGCGGAGCAGUUUGCUCUGGCUGAGGCAGCGAUGAAUGCCUGGUCCACACAGGACAUUGAAAAUCAAGUCACAGCCGGCACAAUCCCAUUACAAGACCCCGAGGGCCUCUAUCUCUCUCAGUUCCUGUUGGAUGGAGGGAGUCUGGGUGUUCCUCAGCACCUGUACAGAAUGCACAUGGAAGUUGAUGACACCAGCUCCCUGGCGCCUUCUCAUCCUCCUCAGUCUCAUUCCCCCAGUCAUUCUCAUUCUCCGUUGGACACGCAGCGUCCGCCGCAGGAGCAGAGGAUCUCGCCGUCGGAAGGGUCCGUGCGACACGCAGACAGCAUCUCCCUGUCGGAGGAUGAGGUUUUUUAUAACUGAAAUUUUGAUGACACAGCGGAACUAUGUCUAUUCUUUGUAUUCACUGAUGUGGGAGAGACACGUAUGAGGUUACGUCUGGGGUUAUCGCUUUACCGUUAAAGUAUGUAAUACCCACAGCUGAGCCUCUUCGACGAGCAAAGAACGCAGGGAUCGUUGUUCAUGUGGACAUGUCCAUAUCACAUUGCCUUUUUGCAAAUGAAAGCCUCUGCGUUUGCGGUAAUGAUGUUAGAGAUUGGAUUGUAAGUUAAUGGGGUCACACCAAUUAUGUCUACAGGAAGGUAAAAAGUCAUCACACAUGAAUGCUUCUAAAAUUAUACAUUGACAGAGGGGUGAACAAGACCAUAAUGCCCUUUCACCUUUAACAGAGUGUUUGUAGAUAUUUGCAGCAGCCUUUCACCAUCAAAAAGAAGCUGAGGCCUUUUAGCACUAUAGACUGAAGAAAGAGCCAAAAUAAAACACGCUUUCAUCUCCACAGACAUUUUUUCUGGUGCAUUUCCACUAAGAAUGGCUCAAUGGGACUACAGUGUGAAUAGGAUCCUUUUGUGAGGAUUCUGGAGGUUGAAAGUGACUUGUUGACCUUUGAGCAAACACGCAAUCAUUACUUGGGACAGUGAGGUGGUGAUUUUAGAGAUAUUUCAUAUUGCUAAAUGUUUCCAUGGGGAUUUUGAGUAUAAAACAUCUAACGCACCAAAUGACUAGAUGUAUCCUUAAAGCUGAAGUGUGUAAUUUUACUAUCCUCAUCAAAUAAAAAUUCUAAAAUAUU